GUAAUCCAAUUCAAGUCUACAUAAACACAUUCAGUGAGAAACAUCCACACAUUUCUUUCAUGCAUAUGGGCUUCAGAGCGCCGCCUGCUGGAAGAGCGGCCGGAAGCGGAAGUGCGCAUUUUAAGGAGGCUCUUCCUCGGUUGUGUGAAGCUGUAGAAGAGGCAGAUUUUAUCGCUAUAGAUGGAGAAUUCACAGGGAUCAGUGAUGGGCCGUCAGUCAGUGCUCUGACUAAUGGACUGGACACACCAGAGGAGAGAUACUGCAAACUGAGAAAGCACUCCAUGAACUUCCUCCUGUUCCAGUUUGGACUCUGCACAUUCAAAUAUGACCAGAAUCAAUCCAUAUACAUCACUAAAGCCUUCAACUUCUACGUUUUCCCCAAACCCUUCAACCGCACAUCUCCAGACAUAAAGUUCAUCUGUCAGAGUUCCAGUAUUGAUUUCUUGGCCAGUCAGGGAUUCGACUUCAACAAAGUCUUCCGCAGCGGGAUCCCGUAUCUGACGCAGGAGGAGGAGUCACAGCUGAGGGAGCAGUAUGAGGAGAGGCGGGGUCAGAUCAACGGCAACGGUCCAAUCACGUACACGCCUAAUUCUAGCAUGAGUGUCAGUCACGUCCCUGAAGACCAGAGAGCGUUUAUAAAGACUGUGGAAGACAAAGUUGAAGAUCUUCUCAAGAACUCUGAGAAAUCUGUGGACCUGGAGCCCUGCACAGGCUUUCAGAGGAAGCUCAUCUAUCAGACACUCAACUCAAGGCAAUCUAAAGGACUUCACGUUGAGACGCUUGAGAAUGACAAGAAGGAGCGUUUCAUUCAGAUCAGUAAGGUGGAUGAUGAGGAGAGGAGGAGGAGAGAGCAGCAGAAACAACAGCGAGAGCAGGAGGAGUUGAAUGAUGCUGUGGGUUUCUCCAGAGUUAUCAGAGCCGUCUCAAAGUCUGGCAAGCUGGUUGUUGGACACAAUAUGUUGUUGGACGUGAUGCACACUAUCCAUCAGUUCUGUGGACCGGUGCCUGAGGAGCUGGAUGACUUUAAGGAGGUGACGAUGUCUGUGUUUCCCAGGCUGGUCGACACAAAGCUGAUGGCGUCGAUCCAACCCUUUAAGGAGAUCAUUCAUAACACAUCACUGGGAGAACUACACAAACGGCUGAUAGAGAAACCUUUUAAAUCACCCCAAACAGAAUGUCCUGAAAAUUUCCAGAGUUACGACACAUCAUCAGAACAGCUUCAUGAAGCCGGUUAUGACGCGUACAUCACUGGACUGUGUUUCAUCUCCAUGGCAAACUAUCUGGGUACUUUUCUCACUCCCCCAAAGAGUCACAUCUCUGCUCGCUCCAAACUCCUUGAACCAUUUUACAAUAAAUUGUUCCUGAUGAGGGUGAUUGACAUUCCUUACCUGAACAUGUGUGGACCAGACCUGCAGCCUAAGAGAGAUCAUGUUCUGUACGUCACAUUCCCUAAAGAAUGGAAAACCUGUGACCUAUAUCAGCUCUUCAGCGCCUUCGGUAACAUCCAGGUGUCGUGGAUUGAUGACACAUCAGCAUUUGUUUCUCUCAGUCAGACGGAUCAAGUGCAGAUAGCUAUAAACACCAGCCGUUACGCAGAGAGUUACCGCAUCCAGACCUACGCGGAGUAUAUACAGUCCAGACAGAAGAGCACAAACACUAACAGGAGGUGGGCUAGUGAUGGGUGGGCAGACACUUCCUACAGCGCUGCUGCCAUGAUGACCGGCUCUGGCUUCAGCCACGGCCACAGCCGGCAGCAUUCAAAGAAGAGAAGCAUCAGUCCGUCUCUGGAGGAGCAGAACUGUAAUGCUGACAGCAGCUGGACUCAUUACUGCAGUGUAAAGAAGAUCAAAACUGACGGAGACGGUUCACAAGCGCAAGCUGACGUCAGCGGCUCAGAUGGGGCGGUGGAUUGGUUGGGACAGCAGACGGAUGAAGGUGGAUCGUAUCCGGGCCAGGAUCAGGAAGAGGAGCCAAUUCGAGGUAAACGGAACCGCAAGCACAAAAAGAGGAAGUCAGACGAUGCAGAGACCACUCCGCCGCCGCUCUUCGACGUUCCUCAGGUUUGGUAGCGAAUGCUGAGGAACCCAUCAGAGCGCUCUGUCCAUGUCUGAUUUAACGGCCAAUCAGAAGACUGCACUUAAAACGUACAAGCGUCAUGUGACAUGUCAACUUCCUGUGACCCGCCCUCAUUUUGUCUGGCUGAAGUUCAGUGAGGUGUUUUCUCUCUGCGUGUGUGCAUGGUGUAUUUUAACACGGAUUAGAAGUGCGUUAGUCCCUCAUUUUAAAUGUCGUGAUGGAUGGAUGACAUGAGCUUAUUUAUUUCUCAUGAGGGGUCUUCUGUCUUUAUGCUUCCUUUUCAUUCAGAUUAGUAGCGAGUAAAAAAAAGUGUCAAAUGUUUUGAGAAAUGUUAUAAUCUUGUUUUUGUAUCACAAAAUGUUCUCCUGCAGGGGAGAUCGAAUUAAAGAAUCUUUCUUAGUA